AUGGUUGCUGAUGUGAAGAUAGAGACAGAGAUAUAUAUAUAUCCUGGUAAUAAGCAAUACCUUAAUGUUCCGAAAUACCACAACACAGAGUACCUGUGCAAUGGGUCUUUCCAGGGUGAAUCCAGAACCGAUCCACCAGGGCUGCUCGGGGUGUUAUUGGCCGACGUGACGAUCCCGCUGCGCCGUGAGUCGUGGGUGGACCAGCUCGUCAGGGACAAGCCCUGGAGGCUGGAGGAUUGGACGACAGGAAAGGGAGACUGA